CUCUGUCGCCGGGCCGCUCGCCCCUGUCCCGCCCCGCCCCGCCCGGGACGCGCCUCGCCGGCUCCCCGCGCCGCCCGCUCGGCAGCAGCGGCGGAGUGAACGCUGAGCCCGCGCUGCGCGCCCGCAGUCGGGGCGUCCCCGCCGAGCGCGGUGCCUCGGCUCCCGGGCUGCCUUCACCGCGCGGACCAUGGGGGAUGUGAAGCUGGCUGCCUCAACACACGUUUCCAAAACCUCCCUCAGUGCGGAUCACUCAAGAGUCGGCUCCAUGCCUCUGACCGAGGCCCCUGCUUUCAUUUUGCCCCCUCGGAACCUCUGCAUCAAAGAAGGAGCCACCGCCAAGUUCGAAGGGAGGGUCCGGGGUUACCCAGAGCCCCAAGUGACGUGGCACAGAAACGGGCAACCCAUCACCAGUGGCGGCCGCUUCCUGCUGGAUUGUGGUAUCCGGGGGACUUUCAGCCUUGUGAUUCAUGCUGUCCGUGAGGAGGACAAGGGAAAGUAUACCUGUGAAGCCACCAAUGGUAGUGGUGCCCGCCAGGUGACAGUGGAGUUGACGGUAGAAGGGGCCUUUGUGAAGAAGCAUGAUCAGCCUAUUGUUUCCAAAACCUUGGGGGACAGAUUCACAGCCCCCCCAGUGGAGACCCGUCCUAGCAUCUGGGGAGAGUGCCCACCGAAGUUUGCUACCAAGCUGGGCCGAGCCGUGGUCAAAGAAGGACAGAUGGGACGAUUCUCCUGCAAGGUCACUGGCCGGCCCCAACCACAGGUCACCUGGCUCAAGGGAGAUGUUCCCCUGCAGCCAAGUGCCCGUGUGUCUAUGUCUGAGAAGAAUGGGAUGCAAGUUCUGGAAAUCCAUGAGGUCAACCAAGAUGAUGUGGGAGUGUACACGUGCUUGGUGGUGAACGGGUCAGGGAAGGCCUCCAUGUCAGCUGAGCUUUCCAUCCAAGGUUUGGAGAACACCAAUAGGUCAUUUGUGAGAGGAACAAAGGCAGCCAAUUCAGAUAUCAGGAAGGAAGUGACCAAUGGAUUCACGCAGGGGCCAACACUGGACACCUUGCAACCUGCAGCUGAACGUAAAAACUGCUCUAGCACCCAGCGAGGGGCCUCCCCUGCCUGGGCCACAGGCAGCCUUCCUCAGCCCCUGAGGGAAUCGAGGCUGGAGCCUGAGGACUCACCUAGAAAGGCCUUGAGGACCCCUGUCCUGCAGAAGACUUCCAGCACCAUCACCCUGCAGGCUGCAAAAGUCCAGCCAGAACCAAGAGCACCGGUCUCGGGCGCCCUCUCUCCUUCCAGAGAAGAGAAAGAGAGACCAGCUGCUCCCCCUCCAGGCACCCUCCCCACCAGGCAGUCUGGCCUGGGAAGCCAAGAAGCUGUGAGCAAGGUUGCUACCAGGAAAAUCCCCAUGGAGAGCUGGAGGGAUUCAACAUUCCCCAAAUUUGAGAGUAAGCCCCAAAGCCAGGAAGUCAAUGAAGAUCAAACAGUCAAGUUCAGAUGUGAGGUUUCAGGGAUCCCGAAACCCGAAGUGACCUGGUUCCUGGAAGGUGCCCCCGUGAGGAGACGAGAAGGCUCCAUUGAGGUUUAUGAAGAUGGCGGAUCCCAUUACCUCUCCCUGCCGAGAGCCCGGGUGAGGGACAGCGGGAACUACAGCUGCACAGCCUCCAACGUCCGAGGCCAGGUGUCCUGUGGCUGGACCCUCCGGGUGAAAAGGCUGGCCAUGAUGGAGGUGGCCCCCUCGUUCUCCAGUGUGCUGAAGGACUGCACCGUCACUGAGGGCCAGGACUUUGUGCUGCAGUGUUUGGUGCAGGGGACGCCGGUACCCCACAUCACUUGGCUGCUCAAUGAGCAGCCCAUCCGGUAUGCUCACUCCACCUGCGAGGCUGGCGUGGCUGAGCUCCACAUCCAGGACGCCCUGCCGGAGGACCAGGGCACCUACACCUGUCUGGCUGAGAACACCUUGGGGCAGGUGUCCUGCAGCGCCCGGGUCACUGUCCAUGAAAAGAAGACAGGAAGUGACAGGAAGAGUGAGUACCUCCUGCCCGCGGCUCCUGACAAGUCCGUCGCACCCCUGUUCCUGCAGGGCCUCUCUGACCUCAAAGUCAUGGAUGGAAGCCAGGUCACCAUGACAGUCCAGGUGUCAGGGAACCCUCCCCCUGAGGUCAUCUGGCUUCACAACGGGAAUGAGAUCCAGGAGUCGGAGGACUUCCACUUUGAACAGAGAGGCACCCAGCACAGCCUUUGUAUCCAGGAGGUGUUCCCGGAGGACACGGGCACUUACACCUGUGAGGCCUGGAAUAUCGCCGGAGAGGUCCGCACCCAGGCCGUGCUCACAGUGCAAGAGCCUCAGGAUGGCACCCAGCCCUGGUUCAUCAGCAAGCCUCGCUCGGUGACAGCCUCCCUGGGCCAGAGCGUCCUCAUCUCCUGUGCCAUAGCUGGUGACCCCUUCCCCACCGUGCACUGGCUCCGAGAUGGCAAAGCCCUCUCCAAAGAUACUGGCCACUUCGAGGUGCUACAGAACGAGGACGUGUUCACCCUGGUUCUAAAGAACGUGCAGCCCUGGCACGCCGGCCAGUAUGAGAUCCUGCUUAAGAACCGGGUUGGCGAAUGCACUUGCCAGGUGUCACUCAUGCUCCAGAGCAGCCCUGCCAGAGCCCCACCGCGGGGGAGGGAGCCUGCCAGCUGUGAGGGCCUCUGCGGCCGAGGAGCUGGUGCUGAUGGUGGUGGCAGAGACUGCUAUGGGAUCCUGAGGCCCGGCUGGCCAGCAAGAGGGCAGGGUUGGCCCGAGGAGGAAGACAGUGAGGACGUGCGGGGGGUGCUGAAGAGGCGCGUGGAAACACGGCAGCACACCGAGGAGGCGAUCCGCCAGCAGGAGGUGGAGCAGCUGGACUUCCGUGACCUCCUGGGGAAGAAGGUGAGUACCAAGACCUUGUCGGAAGAAGACCUGAAGGAGAUCCCAGCUGAGCAGAUGGAUUUCCGCGCCAACCUGCAGCGGCAAGUAAAGCCAAAGACUGUGUCGGAGGAAGAGAGGAAGGUACAUAGCCCCCAGCAGGUUGACUUCCGUUCUGUCCUGGCCAAGAAGGGGACUCCCAAGACCCCAAUGCCUGAGAAGGUACCCCCACCAAAACCUGCCACCCCAGAUUUUCGCUCAGUGCUGGGCAGCAAGAAAAAAUUACCAGCAGAGAAUAGUAGCAACAAUGCUGAGGCCUUGAAUGCCAAGGCAGCAGAAAGUCCCAAGCCCGUGGGCAAUGCCCAGCCUUCAGGGUCCCUGAAACCCAUGGGCAACGCCAAGCCCGCUGAGACCCCAAAACCCAUGGGCAAUGCCAAGCCAGCCGAGACGCUGAAACCCAUGGGCAAUGCCAAGCCUGCUGAGACCCUGAAACCCGUGGGCAAUGCCAAGCCAGCCGAGACCCUGAAACCCAUGGGCAAUGCGAAGCCAGCUGAGACCCUGAAACCCGUGGGCAUUGCCAAGCUAGCCGAGACCCCAAAACCUAUGGGCAUCGCCAAGCCUGCCGAGACCCUGAAACCCUUAAGCAAUGUUAAGCCUGCCGAGACCCUGAAACCCUUGAGCAACAUUAAGCCUGCUGAGACCCUGAAACCUGUGGGUAACUCCAAGCCUGCUGAGACCCCGAAACCCGUGGGCAAUGCCAAGCCAGCUGAGACCCCAAAACCCUUGGGCAACGUUAAGCCUGCUGAGACCCUGAAACCUGUGGGCAACGCCAAGCCAGCUGAGACUCCGAAACCUGUGGGCAACGCCAAGCCAGCUGAGACCCCGAAACCUGUGGGCAACACCAAGCCAGCGGAGACCCUGAAACCCGUGGGCAACACCAAGCUAGCCGAGACCCCAAAACCCAUGGGCAUCACCAAGCCGGCUGAGACCCUGAAACCAUCUGGGAAAGAAGAACUCAAGGAGGUUAAAAAUGACGUGAACUGCAAGAGGGAGCAUGCAGGGGCCACAGAUAAUGAAAAAAGGGCAGAGAGCCGAGGGAUAGUGCCAACCUUCAAGGAGAAGCUACAAGACGUCCAUGUGGUUGAGGGCGAGAAGCUGCUACUCCAGUGCCAGGUGUCCUCUGAACCCCCGGCCACCAUCACCUGGACGCUGAAUGGAAAGACACUCAAGACCACCAAGUUCAUCAUCCUCUCCCAAGAAGGCUCACUGUGCUCCCUCUCCAUCGAGAAGGCGCUGCCCGAAGACAGAGGCUUAUACAAGUGUGUAGCCAAGAAUGGCGCCGGCCAGGCUGAGUGCUCCUGCCAAGUCACCGUGGACGAUGCUCCCGCCAAUGAGAAUGCCAAGGCCCGGGAGGUGAAAGCCCGGAGGCCCAAGAGCUCUCUUCCUCCGGUGCUAGGAACAGAGAGUGAUGCAACUGUGAAAAAGAAACCUGCCCCCAAGACACCUCCGAAGGCAGCCAUGCCCCCUCAGAUCAUCCAGUUUCCUGAGGACCAAAAGGUGCGCGCAGGAGAGUCUGUGGAGCUGUUUGGUAAAGUGGCAGGCACCCAGCCAAUCACCUGUACCUGGAUGAAGUUCCGAAAGCAGAUCCAGGAGAGCGAGCACAUCAGGGUGGAGAACAGCGAGAAUGGCAGCAAGCUCACCAUCCUGGCUGCACGCCAGGAGCACUGUGGCUGCUACACACUGCUGGUGGAGAACAAGAUGGGCAGCAGGCAGGCCCAGGUCAACCUCACUGUCGUGGACAAGCCAGACCCCCCAGCCGGCACGCCUUGCGCCUCUGAUAUCCGGAGCUCCUCGCUGACCCUGUCCUGGUACGGCUCCUCAUAUGACGGGGGCAGUGCCGUCCAGUCCUACAGUGUCGAGAUCUGGGACUCGGUGGACAAGACGUGGAAGGAACUAGCCACAUGCCGCAGCACAUCUUUUAAUGUCCAGAACCUGCUGCCUGACCGAGAGUAUAAAUUCCGUGUGUGUGCAAUCAACGUGUAUGGGACCAGUGUGCCGAGCCAGGAGUCUGAACUCACAGCGGUGGGAGAGAAACCUGAGGAGCCGAAGGACGAAGUGGAGGUGUCAGAUGAUGAUGAGAAGGAGCCCGAGAUCGACUACCGGACGGUGACAGUCAAUACUGAACAAAAAGUGUCUGACUUCUACGACAUCGAAGAGAGACUAGGAUCUGGGAAAUUUGGACAGGUCUUUCGACUUGUAGAAAAGAAAACUGGAAAAACCUGGGCAGGGAAAUUCUUCAAGGCAUAUUCAGCAAAAGAGAAAGAGACUAUCCGGCAAGAGAUCAGCAUCAUGAACUGCCUCCACCACCCCAAGCUGGUCCAGUGUGUGGAUGCCUUUGAAGAAAAGGCCAACAUCGUCAUGGUCCUGGAGAUUGUUUCGGGGGGCGAGCUGUUCGAGCGCAUCAUCGACGAGGACUUUGAGCUGACGGAGCGGGAGUGCAUCCAGUACAUGCGGCAGAUCUCGGAGGGCGUGCAGUACAUCCACAAGCAGGGCAUCGUCCACCUGGACCUCAAGCCCGAGAACAUCAUGUGUGUCAACAAGACGGGCACCAGGAUCAAGCUCAUCGACUUCGGGCUGGCCAGGAAGCUGGAGAAUGCAGGAUCUCUGAAGGUCCUCUUUGGCACCCCAGAAUUUGUGGCACCUGAAGUGAUCAACUAUGAGCCCAUUAGCUACGCCACAGACAUGUGGAGCAUCGGGGUCAUCUGCUAUAUCCUGGUCAGUGGACUUUCCCCCUUCAUGGGUGACAACGAUAACGAAACCUUAGCCAACGUCACCUCAGCCACCUGGGACUUUGACGACGAGGCGUUCGAUGAGAUCUCCGAUGAUGCCAAGGAUUUUAUCAGCAAUUUGCUGAAGAAAGAUAUGAAAAACCGCCUGGACUGCACCCAGUGCCUUCAGCAUCCAUGGCUAACGAAAGACACCAAGAACAUGGAGGCCAAGAAGCUCUCCAAGGACCGGAUGAAGAAGUACAUGGCAAGAAGGAAAUGGCAGAAAACGGGCAAUGCUGUGAGAGCCAUUGGAAGACUGUCCUCUAUGGCAAUGAUCUCAGGGCUCAGUGGCAGGAAAUCCUCAUCAGGGUCACCAACCAGCCCGCUCAACGCAGAAAAACUAGAAUCCGAAGAAGAUGUCUCCCAAGCUUUCCUUGAGGCUGUUGCUGAGGAAAAGCCCCAUGUAAAGCCCUAUUUCUCUAAGACCAUUCGUGAUUUAGAAGUUGUGGAGGGGAGCGCUGCUAGAUUUGACUGCAAGAUUGAAGGAUACCCAGACCCUGAGGUCGUCUGGUUCAAAGAUGACCAGUCAAUCAGGGAGUCCCGCCACUUCCAGAUAGACUACGAUGAGGAUGGGAACUGCUCUUUAAUCAUUAGCGAUGUUUGCGGGGAUGACGACGCCAAGUAUACCUGCAAGGCUGUCAACAGUCUUGGAGAAGCCACCUGCACAGCGGAGCUCAUUGUGGAAACCAUGGAGGAAGGAGAAGGAGAAGGGGAAGAGGAAGAAGAGGAAGAGUGAAACAAAGCCAGAGAGACGCAGUUUCUAAGUCUUGUUACAAAGACUAUUUCUCUAAAGCUCAAAAAAUCCAAGAUAGUAAAAGCACCUAGUGUGAUAGAUUAUCUAGUUAGGCCAUCUGGGGGUUGAUUCUUCAGCAACAGCAGUUGAUACCUGGCAGCGUUAUUGAUGGGCAUUAAUUUGAAUUAGCUAGAACCUUAAGAUAUCAGUGCAGCUGGAUUUAUUUCACGAAAGAACCAGUAACUUGCGUGACCAGUUUCAUUUAGAGAGCAAGUAACCAAAAGAAGUAGUUAACUGGGCAAAGUCAUACAUUCCCCAACUGAAAGCACUCGUGAAAAAUAAGGCCACAACAGGGCUCUGGGCCCUGCAGCCACAGCUCAGCCCAGAGGGUCCCUGGAGAUGGAGGCUCUCUCUCCCAGCUCCUGACUCCAGAGCACCAGGUCCUCUCCAGUCCUGCAGCACUUCAUUCUGAAGGCAGUUGAGCCAUUUUAACUUACGAGGCACAUUUUAUUCCAAAGUAUACUGUAGACAUUCAAACUUUUCAUUUCCCUCCCCCACUCUACCUGCCAGCUUUUCUGGAUCUGAACUUGCCAUGAGUUUAAGCACUAAGGACAUUACGCUUCUUAGAUUCUGAAGACAGGUCCCCUGCUCAUGGAUGACUCGGGCUUCCUUAGGAAAAUAGAACCUCCUUUCUUCCAAAAUCAGUAGGAAAUCUAAACUUAUCCCCUCUUUGCAGAUGUCUAGCAGCUUCAGACAUUUUUUUAUAAGAACCGUGAAAAAAAAAAUCCUUGCUAAUGUGCUUUUCUUCUUAAACCAGGAUUCAUAUUUGUGCUGUUAUAGAAUAUCAGCUCUGCAUGUGUGGUAAAGAUUUUUGUGUUUGAAUGUAUGAAAAACCAGUUUGCUGAAAGUUAGUCUUAAUUAUUUAUUGGCCACUAUGAAACAGAUUUCAACUGAUGAAGAGCUAUAGAACUCCACGUACUUUGGAAUCUCCUUCAAGAUAGUCUGAGUUUAAUACACCUUCAUUCUAAACACUCUCCAGAGAACUCUACCUACCUUCUGGGUUCCACGAUGUUUUUCUUCUCGAAUGUGCAUCAGUCAGGACUUGCCCCAACCGUGAAAUAUAUUCUUAGACCUGAUAAAUGCACUCAGAUUUGCAUCUUAAAGAAUUUUUAACUUUCUUUCACUACAUUGGCACUUAAAUUUUUCUUUAUAAAACUUUUUGAAGGUCAUGAACAGAGACCAUAACUCAUAUGCCUAAUACAGUUCCUCUGCGUGUGUGUGUAACAUUCCAAAUACUUUUUUUCUUUUCCACUGUUUGUAAAGUACAGCAAUUUAAUAUUUCAAGGGACUUCUUAGUAGUUCCUUGGGAACCAAUUUGAAAUUACUUCAGUGCAAUCCUACACAGUAUCAACAUUAGAAUUUUGAUAUAACUUAGUCUUAUGUUAUCUUCCAUUCUAUUUUUAUCUGCUUUUUGCUGCUACUUUCAAAUUGCCAGUAUUUUUCCUUUUUGCUUUUUAAACAGUUACAAUAUUUUUCAUAAUAGCCACAGUAUUGCCACAGUUUAUUAUAAUAAAGGGUUUUUAAUUUGAUUUAGAGCAUUCAAAGCUUUUCUUCAUCACUUUUGUGUUAGACUAUAAUCUUUAUGUGUGUGUGUGUCGCGUGUGCGUGCGCAUGUGUGGUGUGUAUGUUUGUUUACAGGUUUUUAAUGCCUUCUUGAAAUUGUGUUAAUGUUCUCUCAGUUUAUUAUGCCAUCAGAAUGGUAAAUGAGAACACUACAACUGUAGUUAGCUCACAAUUUUUAAAUAAAGGAUACCACAGUG